AUGGCAAGCUCAACUUCAAGCACAUCUAACUCAAGUGUGUCUGCCUUCCUUACAACAUUUAUUGUUACUUUAAUUACUUUUGUUGUCUUCCUUCUGCUCUUCAUUUUAUUGAGAAAGAAGCAGAGUAGAGUUUACGAACCAAGAACUGCUGUCAAGUCAGUUCCUCAAGACCUCCAACCCGAUGAAAAUCCAUCAGGUGCUUUUUCUUGGUUAUCGCAUGUCCUCAAGAAACCAGAAUCAUUUAUCAUCCAACAAGCUGGUGUAGAUGGUUACUUUUUCAUUAGGUUCCUUUUCAAUUUUGGAGCACUCUGUAUUUUGGGAUGUUUUAUGUUAUGGCCAAUUCUUUUCCCACUUUCUGCUACCAACUCAAACGGUUUGAAAGGUUUCGAUAUUCUUACAAUGGCUAACCAAAAGAACAAAUGGAGAACUUUUGCUCAGGUUUUCUUGUCUUGGAUUUUCUAUGGUUGUGCUGUAUUCUUGAUCUACCGUGAAUUGGUCUUCUAUACUACUUUCAGACACGUAGUCCAGACAACUCCAUUGUAUGAUUCCUUAUUAUCUACAAGAACAUUAUUGUUAACUGAACUCCCUGAAAAAGCAUUGGAUGAAACAGAGUUGAGGACCUAUUUCCCAACUGCCACUAAUGUCUGGUAUGCUCGUAAUUUUGAAGAAUUGAGUGAAAAAGUCAAAGAAAGAACGAAAUUAGCAGGAAAAUAUGAGGGUGCCGUUAAUAAGGUAAUUAAAAAGGCUGUCAAUAUAAGAAAUAAGUGUGUUAAAAAAAAUAAAGAAGCUCCUGCACCAAGUGAUGACAUCAAUAAAUACUUAAAAGACGGUAAAAAGAGACCGACUCAUAGAUUGAAGUUUUUAAUCGGUAAGAAGGUUGAUACAUUGGAUUAUGGAAAGGAAAGAUUAGGUGAAUUAAACAAGGAAAUCAAGAAAGAGCAGUUAGAGUGCCAUUCAAAUGCUCAACUUCCUUCUGUUUUCAUUGAAUUCCCAACUCAAUUAGAAUUGCAAAAGGCUUAUCAAGCAAUUCCUUACAACAAGGAUUUCAAAUUAACCAGAAGAGUCACCGGUGUAGCACCAAAUGACAUUAUCUGGGAGAAUUUACCUUUGACAACAAAAAAGAGAUGGAUUAAGAAGAUUCUUGCAAAUACUGUUUUGACCCUUAUGAUCAUUUUCUGGGCUAUUCCUGUUGCCUUUGUUGGUUCUAUUUCACACGUUGAUAACUUAAUUAAGAUUAUUCCAGCUUUCAAAUUUAUCAACAACUUACCAAGUGUACUUCUUGGUUUAAUUACCGGUCUUUUACCUGUUGUUGCUUUAUCAAUUUUGAUGUCUUUAGUUCCUCCAUUUAUCAAAAAGAUGGGUAAAGUUAGUGGAAAUCUCACAGUUCAACAGGUGGAACUGUUUUGCCACUCUUGGUUCUUUGCUUUCGAAGUCGUUCAAGUGUUCUUAGUUACAACUUUAGGUUCUGCUGCCUCGUCUUCUGUUACACAAAUUAUUGAUAACCCUAGUGAAGCUUUAGUUAUGUUGAAAGAAAAGAUUCCACCUGCUUCUAGCUUUUAUUUAUCCUACUUAUGUUUACAAGGAUUAACUGUUAGUUCGGGACUUUUGUUUCAAAUGGUUCCUUUGAUUUUGGCUCAAUUUUUAGGUAAAAUUUUGGAUUCAUCUCCAAGGUCCAAAUGGAAGCGUUAUCACACAUUGGGUCAACCUGGUUGGUCCGUUCUUUAUCCUGUUUAUGAGCUUUUAACUACCAUUGCUAUGUGUUAUGCAGUGAUCGCUCCUUUGCUUUUAGGAUUCACUGCUGUUACCUUUAUCUUAAUUUACUGUGCUUUCCUUUACCAAUUGACUUAUGUGCUUCAACCAAAUAAGAAUGAUGCAAGAGGUAGAAAUUACGUAUCAUCUUUAUUCCAGUUGUUCGUUGGUCUCUACUUGUCUGAGUUAUGUCUCUUCGCUAUGUUUGUUUUCAGUAAGAAUUGGGCAUGUGUUGCUUUAGAAGCAGUUCCACUUGCUGGAACUAUUUUGGCUCAUCUUUGGUUCAAGUACAAGUUCUUACCAGUAGUAGAAACUGUUCCAGUUUCUGCAAUUAAGUAUGCUUCUGGUGAUUCAACUUUCCAAUACCCAAUGUACGAUCAAGGCUGGAAAGAAAUCAAGAGCGAAGGAGAGAAUUACUGGCAAGGUGGCAAUCAAUUGGGAUUAACUGAUAAAUUAGAGCAUGUAUUACCUCAAAGUGAUUUAAUUAACAAUGAUAACAAUGUUAUCAACUCAGAUGACUCUGAUAAGCACGAUGUUCACUCUACGACUGAUUCGAAAUCACCAAUCAAUUCAGAAAAGGUUAACGAUGCUUCUGUCAAAAAGAGUAGUAACGUUGUCACUGGUGCUAGACCAGUUGGUUGGUUGAAGAAAUUUUUCCAUCCAAAGCUUGAAUCAUUUGAUGAAAUCAGAACGAGGAUGCCUGCUAGUUUGUUUAAUUACAUUGAAUACCAUGACGACUUCCUUCGUACUGCGUACGAAGAUCCAGCUGUCAAUGACGAUGAACCUCAUAUUUGGAUUGCCAGAGAUGAUUUAGGAUUGUCUGAAAUUGAAAAGAAUAAGGCCUUCGAAAGUGGUGUUGAUGUUUCUGAUAAUAACGCAACCUUCAAUCCAAAGGGAUCCAUAGAAUACACUGGUAACCCACCUUCAUACGAGGAGGCUUUGAAAAUUUAA